AUGCCUCACGCAGAGAACGGAACAAUGGGGGAGCCUUCUGUCAACGGCGAGAAGGUCCAUUCUCACUUCCUUGAUCACCUUACCUCGUACCCUGUCGUUUCAGAUUCGAUCACCGUCUUCAGAAGCAACAAAUAUGGUGCCAAGUCCUUGGAGUAUGCGGACCAAGGCUAUGUCCGCAUAGCCAAACCGUUACUCCCCUACCUGUCGAAGCCCUACGGUUACGUCGCGCCCUAUGUUGCUCAGGUAGAUAACCUCGGAGAUCAAGGGUUGACCAAGCUCGACACGUCAUUCCCCAUCAUCAAGGAGGACACAGAUAAGAUAAAAGGAACGAUCUACGAUACUGCCUUCUUCCCCUUGCGUCUGGCUGGCGACGUGAAAAGCCAUGUCUUCGAGACUUUUGGAUCGGAAUACAAGAAGUGCGGCGGUGAUGGAAUGGUUGCAGGAGGCAAGGCUGCCAUCAGCACCAGUCUGAUCCUAUCUCAAGAAUCGUUGGCCUAUAUCAGCUCGUUUCUUCAAAAGAAGAAAACCCAGGCCAAAGAGGUCGUCAAUGACAAAACCAACUAA